AUGAAGAAGGCAGAUAAGAACCAUACACAUGAAUUCUUCACAACUGUUGGUAUAGAAAGUAUUGAAGGAACGGUUGAAGGAACUGGUGGGGAUGUAUUAUAUUGGAAACCUCCUAACUUUCCACAAGGUUUAACAUCGGAUGACGACAUAACGACGAUGAGAAACAUUAGAUGUAAAGAUGUUUAUGUCAUGAAGGAUGAACAUAAUAUUAAAUUCACUGCUCAAGAUUUAUAUGACAAGAAGGCAGAUAAAACAUAUGUUAACGAUGAGUUAAUGAAGAAAGCAGAUAAAACAUAUGUUAACGAAAUAUACCAAAGUUUGAUAGGAACAACAAAAAAUAUUGAAACUAUUGUUGGUGACUUUUCUGUCUAUGAAGAAAAUAAAUAUUUUAGAUGGCAGUUUGUACACUCCUUAAAAAAUGGUACACGGUGUAAACUCAUUCCGAAAAAUAACAAUGAAAUGUAUGUAGGUUAUAUAAAGAAUGAUGGUACACAAGUUAAAGUUCCAUUAGACAACAACUGUUACUUAAACUUAUAUGGAGACGAACAAAAGAAAUAUUUAAGAGUUUAUGAAAUGACAGAUAUGACAUUGUCUAACCUAGCUCCAGCACCAUAUUAUUAUGACUAUGGAGAUGAUGUCAGAACACCACAUGUAGAUGAACAAAAGCUAACAUUAUAUUUAGAUUAUUAUAGAUAUAAAAGAUAUAAUGCAAUAGAAAAAACGAGAAUAGUAUAUUAUUAUGAAGAUGACAGAAAUAAAUAUUAUAGUCAAGAUUUUACAUACCCUGAAAACAUAAGAUUAUAUUAUAAAAAAUAUUCUGACACAAACCAGAAGAAACCUGAAAUAGUUACACUAUAUUUUAAGUUCAAAAGAGACAAUCCUAUAAUAUCUCAUAUGUUUGAUUUAAUGAACCCAGUAGGUUCUAUUUAUACAUCUAUGGAUGCAAGAGGUCCUCAAGUAAUGUUUGGUGUUGGUGCAUGGGAACAAAUAGUCGACAGGUUUUUGUAUUGUGCAAACUCUUCAAAGGAAACAGGUGGAAGUAAAACGAUUUCAGGCGAAAAUUUACCUGCUCAUA